UCGUCCUCUGAGGUAGCUCUUCAAUAGCUUCCUUCAAUAGCUAUUUUAAAGAACCUCGAGUGAAAGGAACUGAACCAGAUCUAGAACUCUGACCUCCUCCCUCGCCUCCCUGCCCCUCACCAGCCGCCUCUUGUCAAGUGACAGGCUGUCACUAGCAGAUGCAGGGUAAGGUUUCAGGUCAGCCGGAGUGUAUAAAGAUAGGUGCCAAGCCGGAGGUGCAGAGACAGCAGUGAAUGGCCAGGGAGCAAUCAGAGUCCUGCUGCCGCCUCCUGGGAUGGAGCCCUAAGGAGGUCCUGAGCUUCCCCUACCCCUGCUGGACUCGGCCUCCUCCCUGUAUAAAGCCCAGGGCUGCAGAGCAGCCGCUCUCCUCGGACCUGAACUGGGUCCUCACGGGACUGGAAGAAAGCUCUGGGACCAUGGUUGGACUGAAGCCUUCAGAGAUGCCUCCGACAACAGCCGUGAAGUUCCUGGGGGCGGGCAUGGCGGCCUGCUUUGCUGACCUCCUCACCUUCCCACUGGACACAGCCAAGGUCCGCCUGCAGAUCCAGGGGGAGAACCAGGCAUCCCAGGCGGCCCGGAGCAUCCAGUACCGCGGCGUGCUGGGCACCAUCCUGACCAUGGUGCGCACCGAGGGCCUCCGCAGCCCCUACAGCGGGCUGGUCGCCGGCCUGCAGCGCCAGAUGAGCUUCGCCUCCAUCCGCAUCGGCCUCUACGACUCUGUCAAGCAGCUGUAUACCCCCAAAGGAUCAGAGCACUCCAGCUUCAUCACCCGGAUUUUGGCGGGCUGCACCACAGGGGCCAUGGCGGUAACCUGUGCCCAGCCCACCGACGUGGUGAAGGUCCGAUUUCAGGCCAACAAGCACUUCGGGCCUGACGGCAGCAAGAAGUACAGCGGGACAAUGGACGCCUACAGGACCAUCGCGAGGGAGGAAGGGCUCAGGGGCCUGUGGAAAGGAACUUUCCCCAACAUCACAAGGAAUGCCAUUGUCAACUGUGCUGAGAUGGUGACCUAUGACAUCAUCAAGGAGAAGCUGCUGGACUAUCACCUGCUCACCGACAACUUCCCCUGCCACUUUGUCUCUGCCUUUGGAGCCGGUUUCUGUGCCACAGUGGUGGCCUCCCCAGUGGACGUGGUGAAGACCCGGUAUAUGAACUCGCUCCCAGGCCAAUACCGCAGCCCCCUGGACUGUAUGCUGAAGAUGGUGGCCCGGGAGGGUGCCUCAGCCUUCUACAAGGGAUUUACACCCUCCUUUUUGCGCCUGGGAAUCUGGAACGUGGUGAUGUUUGUUACCUAUGAGCAGCUGAAGCGGGCCUUGAUGAAUGUCCAGAUGCUACGGGAAUCUCCGUUUUGAACAGGUCAGGCCACUUGGAUGCAACUGGAACAAAAUCAGUCACAAACGGAAUAAAACAGUGGGUCCACGCGCACAGGGCACAGAUCCACACAUGUUUACAGAACUGUUUACUUGCUGAUGACUCAAGAAACAGAAUGAGAAGAAGAGGAAGGAGUCUGGUCUUCAGUGUGUUGUCUUCUUCUUUUUUCCCCCCUCUUCUUUCUUUUUUUCAGUGUGUUGUCUUAAUGUUUUUGUUUUACACUGAUAAGAUAGCAAAUAAAUUAUAUUAAUUUUUGAAACCCAUUAGGUUGAAUGCCUAACAUUUAGGCAAGAAAAAAUAAACCAAACAGAUCCAUUUGGAUAAAUUGGAAGAUUGUAAACUGGAAAAUCUGAUUAGACAAUGAAAGAAAAGACUGCAAGGAUUGGUCGGGAGUGGCACAUGAUAACUUGGCAGUUGGCUAAGGAACCUGGAGGACAUUGCCAAAGCAACAUAAAGCUUGUGCUUGCAGCCUUUGGUUAACCAUGGACCACCAGCCGUCUGUGUAAUGUCUCUGCCAUAUAGAAUCCAUUGGGAUUCUAUGAAACAUGAGG